ACGGUGCGUCAGGGACGAUGCCCGUCUCAAUAAGAAGUGAUAUCUUACAGCUAAUCAUUGUGACAGCGUGUUGUCUCUCUAUUGCCUGGCUCGUCCGUUCACCAAAACAGCUUGCUGAAGUACUUUACGCCCGGAAAAGCCAAUCCUUCGACAAAACGGGUAAUCAGUCCGCAAAACCGGGUGGAAACAUGGGCAAGGCCGAGGCGCUGCAGGAGAUCAAUGCGGCCAUCACGGCGAAUAAGGUGAUGGUGUACAGCAAGACCUACUGCCCGUACUGCGUGAAAGCGAAGAAUGCCCUCAACCAGUUCAUUAAGCCCAACCAGUACACGGUUGUCGAGCUGGACGAGCGGCCCGACACGGACGUCAUGCAAGACGCGUUGCUGGAGGUCACGGGCGGCCGCAGUGUGCCCCGCGUCUUCAUCAACGGCAAGUUCCUGGGCGGCGGCGACGACACGGCGGCAGCUGCGGCCAACGGCACUCUUCAGAAGCUCCUGACAGAGGCUGGCGUGCUGUGAGAAGCAAAGGGCGAGGAGAGGAAGGGGAGGAGAGACCGAGAGGGGCAGACGGAGAUGGAGGAGCAUCAGCAUCAGCAGGAGGAGCAAUACUGGAGUGUUGGAGCCCACUGGGUUUGUGAAGAGGUGGAAGACGUGGCCAUGCAGGCAACGGGACGCAAGGCACUAACGAAGGUUCCCCCGGGGUCUCCUGGGUCCCACCACUUUCAUAUUGGGGCUGCAUAUCACCUGAUGUGAUAUGGUGUAGGGGUCUGAUGCUUUUUGGGCAGCCAGGGUUGUGUGAGCGCUGCAAAUUGGAGCUGGUUGCGGUGUCUGGCUCGUAGGUGGCACAUGUGUAUGUCCGUUCGGCGAUGCACAUGGUGGGGUGUUGCUUGGCUGCUGCUUGUGCUGGAGCUGCAAUUGGGCGGGGGCCUUGCGUGUGCGGGCGCUAAUGUGUCUUGUAAUUGUUGAGGCUG